AUGCAUUUGGACGCAUAUGUUGAGCCUGUAAAGACAGUUGGUCUAUUACUGAAAAGACAAAGUCCUUCUCCAUCUUCAUCUGAUUUUUGGGAUGAUGGUGAUGGUGAUGGUGAUUAUAUGAAUAGUCAUUGGGAAUGGGCACGUUGGAUUUUUUUUGUACUUUUUGUCGUGGCUGUUAUUUUUAUUAUCUUAGGAACAAUUAGGGCUAACAUCAUGAGAGCACGUAGAGGCCAAGCACCUAUUAGAGGUACAUCAUGGAUGACACCACCAAGUUAUUUACAGUCACAACAAGAAUAUAAUAGAACAACACAUAAUUCUAGGCGCACAAGAAGAGGAAGGAACGAGGAUUAUGUCCCAGCAUAUACUCAGGAAGCAAACGAAAACGAUUUAGGUUACUAUGAUGACAAAGGUAUCUUCCACGUUAAUAGUAAAGCGGAACCACUUUCACCGCCUCCUCCGCUAGAGGAAGGAGGUGCUAAUUUAGCUGAGCCCAGUCCAGCACGCGUACAAGAAAGGGAAGGAAGGACAACCGCACAGAGAAACAAUAUUCAAGAAGGUUACAUGGCAACGCAUAAUCAAAUGGGGACCUCGUCUUCUUCAUCAUCGGUGCCACCAGUGCAUGUGGAGGGCCAAACAACACAACUUCAAGAGGAUAAUGAACACGCUUAUAACAAUUCACCCUCAUCUUCCGUAUUUAAUCUCGAAAUGACGAGAAUGGCGCCUACUAAACAAGUUGAAUUAACUAAAAGGCAAAAAGCUGAAACACUUGCUAAAGAAGGAGACAAAGAAAAAAAGGAGGCUAGUGUAGAAAUAACAAAAGAGGUUUAG